AGGAUCAUAGUGACAACGAUGACGGCUGAAAUCAACGAAUCCCUGCUCCCGGAUACCACCUUCGCAAUUCUAGAUGGCGGCUUGGGAACAACCCUCGAAACUACCUUUGGCCUCGAUAUCUCGCAUACUCCCUUGUGGUCGGCUAAAGCUGCGAUUGAACACCCAGAGGUGGUCAUCGCCGCUCAUGAAGCGUUUCUCCAAGCUGGGUCCGAUAUUAUCUUGACUUCAACAUAUCAAUGCUCGUCGGAGAGCUUUCGCAGCGCGGGCUACAACGAUAACGAAACAAUUCAACUCAUGUUGAAAUGUGUAGGACUAGCUAUAGAUGCGCGCAUUCGGUUCAGUUCUAGCCUAAUAACUAGCCAAUCACCCAAAAUCGCGCUCUCACUGGGACCGUAUGGUGCUAGCCUCAGUCCAGCGCAGGAGUUUAACGGCUUUUACCCUCCACCAUUUGGCCCGCGAGGAUACUCUCCAGAAGGACUCAACGUAAACGCGUUUGCUCCCGAGGCUAUUCGGGACGAGCGAUUGGCUACACAGUCUCUCGCAGAUUAUCACUCUUCUCGACUCCAGAUAUUCAAGAGCGAUACUUCGAUCUGGGAAAGCAUCGACCUCAUCGCCUUCGAAUCAGUUCCAUUGCUGCGUGAAGUCAGUACAAUCCGGUUGGCGAUGGGUCUACGCUCCAGUCAGCCCAAGCCUUGGUGGAUCAGCCUGAUUUUUCCGGAAGGCCAGUUCCCCAACACCGUCCAUGCCGAUACAGACAAGCGUGUUUCUGUCAAAGACAUUGUGUCCGCGAAUUUUUCAAACCCUUCCCUCUCCCUCAGCCAUCGGAAUCAACUGCACUCCCGUCGAAAAGCUCUCCACCAUAAUCGAGGAAAUGGAGACCGUAUUGCGAGAGGGGAUGUCUACGACCCGGCUACACAAACCUGGAAACUCAAAGCGGGUACGCAACAUGAUUGGAUCGUUCAACUGCAAGCUGUAGUCGCACGGUUGGAUGUCGCACAUGUCUGGGCAGGUGUUGUAGUCGGAGGGUGCUGUCGAACAGGGCCAGAGGAUAUACAGCUGAUCAAGAGAUGUUUCGCUGACCACAUCACGACUGCUUGA